UCUCAAGAAAGAGAAAAAGUAUUUCAUUUCAUCAACUAUGGAACAACCAAAAGCACACGUAGCUGUUGCUCCAUCUAAACACACUUUUCAAACUCAAACUCCUACAUCUAAGAAGAGACCAUUCGACUCUCUUUCCAAUUCCAAUUCCAAUUCCAAUUACUUCAAGAUUCGUGCCCUAAUUCGUGACCUUCGCCCUCUUUUUAUCCAGGUUCUCCAAACUCCCGACUACAAAAACUGCAAGGCGUCACAUGAAAUUCGAGACAAGCUGAAAACCGUGCUGAAGGUAUACAAUGAUAUGAAAGUGGAGGCAGUUUCAGCAGGGAAGCAGCAACCUCAACGUGUCAAGUUAUCGGAGCAAACUCACGUAGAGAAAACAUUUGCACGGCCAUCUGUGGCUGAAGACAGUCAGACAUCAAGCACAUACGUUAUUGGAGGAUCAGCUUUUGGCUGGAAUUUCAUCACUUUUCCAGUUGCCAAUUCCGUCUAUUAUGGUAGGUCGAAGGAACAAUUUCGAUCAGAUAAAAUGACCCGGUAAUUCUUUGGUGCCAUGGCGCAAUAAAGGAUUUACUACCUCCGCAACCUGUCUGUCCAUUGGAACACCUAUUCAUUCAACCAGAAGUAUUGUGUAUCAGCUACCUUAAACUUAUCUUUUUUUUGGAGGUCCUUUUGGCAGUGUCUUUUAUAUUUUUACUAUUAGUUGCACUUCAUCUUGAAAGCAAAUCAUAUGAUUUUUUUUUUCUUCCAAAUUUACCGAAAGUUUUUUCUUGUAUCCUAUGCAAAUUAUGAUGCUCUUUUACAGUGGAUUCCUAUUAUUUCAUAGGAUUAAUUGCAAUUUUGCUACCUUUAUUUUUUUUUAA